AUGUCCUGGUUAUUUCUCUUAUCAUUGGUACUUCAUGUAUCAUGUCAACAGUUUGGUUCACUACCUCCUCGUCCAACUACUGGUAUAAGAUUGUUUCUUGGUGAGGAGGAUAUUGCUAUUGCUAAUUUUUCAAUGAUAGCUGCUGGUCUGUUUCAUGAAGUAGAUAUAGAUAGACCUGAUGGUAUUGCUACUAAUAAUCAAAUUGGUCCUGAUGGUCAGAAUGAUGGUUUGUGGUGUCAGAGUUCUCUUAAUCAGAAUAUGAUAGGAAUAUGGUAUUAUCCUGAUGGAACAACUGUACCAUUGGGUUCUGGUAGUCCUCUGUUUGCUAACAACACUGCUACUGGUCAAAUUGGUUUGUUAAGAAAUGGAGGAAUAGCAAAUGUUCAAGGACUGUACAGUUGUGUUAUACCAAAUGAAGAAGGAAUUGAUCAGACACUGUAUGUUGCUACUUAUGGUAAUGGAGAUUUCCUUAAAAAUGCUGAACUUCCAAUGAUUGAUGGUAAUGGCUCCUCCUUCCAGCUCCUCUCAUCAGUUGAUGCUGAUCCUCCAGUGUUUAGUUUAUCAUUUAAUGUCACUAAUAGAUCACCAACAAUAGUCACUUGCUCUGUUGAUAAUGGAAACCAGUUUAAUGUAUCUGAUAAUGAUCUGAUACGUACUGUAACACCAGUUAAUAAUGAUGUACAAGUACAAGUAUCAGUAAUAUUUAGAAUGAGAGUGUCUGGUCUGUAUAAAUGCUUUGUUACUACUGACAGAAUUACAACUACACCUUUAGUAUCUACUAAUAUGGCAGCGAGAGAUAUUACUGUAACUGGAUCUCCAUCAAACUUGGUCUACAGUAGAGAUAGUCUUCUCUCAGUUACACUAGGCUGGUCUCCCUCAGCAGUGAUUAGUGCUACUCCUCAGUAUCAUGUCUUUGUUAAUAACAGUAACGGUAUUAUUAUGAAUAACAACACUACAAAUACUGAGCUCUCUCUCUCAUUAAGUCCUGAUGAUGAAUAUAAUAUUAGACUAGUAGCUACUGGUGAAGACUUACCUA